AUGAUAGUUCUUCCAAACACGCCGCCCACUCCCGUGCAAUUGACCGACCCCACUUCAGCAAUACCUCAAAAUGUAUUAACGUUGCGCUCGGCCUUGCAAAGACCAAGUCUAUCCAAUUAUAAUGAAUCAAUUCGGUAUGUGGUGAAUCUUGAGCAAUACCUUGAUGCAAUUAUUGAUCUAUCUGACACCACAGAUUUACGCAGCACGUUUGUUAGCACUAAUAUUCCAUGGUCUAAUGUCAGCAAAGGCGACAUCAAACUGAAAAUAUUUAAAGUAAAAUCAAAGAAAGCUGUCGUUGAUAAAUGGUCAUUGGGUAAUGAGUUAUCGAUGACUUUAAUAUCCGCGGCUUUGAUCUACAAUAGAGUGGCAUCAGAGCUAUCCAAUGAGACUAUUAAUUUGGAGUUGGACCUACCUGCAAAGCCAGAAGAUUACAAUGAGAAUUGGAAACAGAUCAUGAGUUUAUAUAAGAAAUCGGUGUCGAUGAUGUUAUUAGCAGGGCAAAUGGGAAGGAAUUUGAUACAAUCUAAGGAGGAUGUGCUAUUCAUUAAUCCAACCAUUUAUUCGUUCAUUUUAAAGUUAACAGACAUAUCAAUGCAAAUGUCCGUCUUGUCCAAAUUUUUAUGGAUAAGCAGAUAUACAUUCAAUCAACAAGAAAACACCAGUGCGGGAAAUAGCAUGACUUUGGCUAAAGUUGCAAUAUAUUGCAUGAAUGAGCUCGACAUGGUUCAACGUAUUCUCGAGGAACUCAAUAUUUCCGUGAAAAAUAGCAUAAAAACAGACUCAGGGGUAAUAAACCUUGAUUAUACGGAUUGGGAUACAUAUCUACAGGUUGUCAGAAGGUAUGUUAGUGCAUACGCCGGAUUUUAUUUGGCUGUACAAAGCUAUCACGAUCAUAGGUAUGGCAAUGCCCUUGGGUUGAUUCAAUUCAGCUUGUUGUCCCUACAGAGCAAAAAGGAUCUACCGACUUCAUCCUUCUUGAAUAAAAAAGUCACUUUGAAACAUUUUAGAGAUAGAGUGUCGCAAAGAAAGCAAGAGAAUAUACUACUGAACUUGAACUCGAUAUCGACCUUGGACAUAAACAAAUCAGCCUUUAACGGGAAAAGUGGAAUUGUGUUGAAUGAUUUGUCGUACCUUUUUGACCAGCUUAUCAAAUUGAAUUUGAAAAUCUCACUGGAGAAUAAUACCUUGCAUUUUGAUGAAAUUGUUCAUUGGUCUGCAAUCAAUAGUGAUGCAAAGUGGCCAAUAGGCUCCAAGAUACCAGUGUCUCAUGUCGAAGCUUAUUCUCCAAACCAUACAAAAAGCAAAUUUGAGCAAGACUAUUCAGGCCGUGGUGAAUACUACUGA